AUGGACAUUACUAACGAUAAUCCCUCGGCGGUGAAUUAUCUCAUCUGGCAAAUCCCAAUCAGGAAAGAGCGAACUGCCUAUAAACAACUAGAAAAUGACCUCAACCCUUUCCAGCCUUUCCUUGUCCAGGGACCUGUUUCAAGGUUUCGUAAGAGCGAGGUGGCCCGCACGAAGCAGACGGCUCGCAAGUCGACUGGCGGGAAGGCGCCUCGCAAGCAGCUGGCGACCAAAGCCGCCCGCAAGAGCGCGCCGGCCACGGGCGGAGUGAAGAAGCCUCACCGCUACCGGCCGGGCACCGUGGCGCUGCGCGAGAUCCGCCGCUACCAGAAGUCGACGGAGCUGCUGAUCCGCAAGCUGCCUUUCCAGCGCCUGGUGCGCGAGAUCGCGCAGGACUUCAAGACGGACCUGCGCUUCCAGAGCUCGGCCGUGAUGGCUCUGCAGGAGGCGAGCGAGGCUUACCUGGUGGGCCUGUUCGAGGACACCAACCUGUGCGCCAUCCACGCCAAGCGCGUCACCAUCAUGCCCAAGGACAUCCAGCUCGCCAGGCGCAUCCGCGGAGAGAGGGCCUGAGAGGCAACGCUGGGAAGACAGCCCCAUCCCCCCAAAGGCUCAUGGAAGAGCUGGAAUUUACUGAUUAUUUUCCACCAUUAGCCACUCCUGUAGGCUUCUGGGCCAUUGCCUUUUUCUUGCGCUCCAAGGUGGAGGCCUGGUCCUUGCUAAGCCUGAAGGAGCCCAAGGUGCCUGUGCUGUUGCUCUGCACCAGCAUCCCCUGGCUGUUCUUGUCCACAUCGUAGCUGCCUGCCACCAGCACCUUAUGGAGGGCAGCCAGGAACACCCUGUGGCGCUCCUUGCAGGUCGAAGCCACCUGGACCAGAAGCUCCAUCAUGGUUAUGGGCUGGAGGGCUUAGAUGCACCCCCUGACACUGCUUCUUGCCCUCCACAAUGACACAAUUUCAUUCAGCCCAGCUACGCCUAACUGCCCAUAUCCAAGAUGAAGCCAAAGAGCUGUGACGCUGGCCUUUCUGACACCAGGGUUGACUUGUCCAAGGGAAACUGUUCCCCAUUGAGAUGGUCAGUCUGUCAGCAGUGCAGUCAAUGUGGGUUUGAAAAGUGCUAGUCUCACUGUCAAAAUGCACCAAAUUCUUGGUCUGUUUGCAAAGAAUUAAAAUCUUGGUGACGGUGAUUUAGUGCAGCAAUAUUUUGCAAGGUUGAACACAAAUACAAUUCGUUGCCUCCCCCCAUAACUCUCCAACAUGACCUUGCAGAAGCCCUAUCUCUGCUAUCAAACAUAAAUUUCUAAACUAAUUCGGACCUCCGGAACGAAUUAAGUACUUAACCCGAAGUAUCAC